CAUUUUUGACCGCUGCAUCUCGCGAACCUAUAUUUUUUUGCAACUGACAUCAUUUCCGUUUAGCUGCAAUUGUAAGUUUUUGAAGAUAACAAUAAAUAAAUUUAUUAAAAUGUGUUAUAAACUACAAUAAAUAUACUAAAAAGUGGUGUUAAUCAUUUGAAACAAAAUCUUUUGCACUGUUCGACUGACACCGGCUAGUGCAUGCAUGUUGAUUGCUUCGGUUUGCAAUUGGCCAAUUUUAAAUGUUGAAAUUCAUCGAGUUAUAUUACAAGUGGUUAUUCGUUUUCAAAAUGCAAACCAUUGCUGAAAGCAAGCAAAGCUAAAUUAGUGAUAUUUUCGGUCAAUUUAUAAUUUGUGUGUUACUUCAGUUUUGCAUACAACAAAUUUGUAGGUAAUCAAAUAUCCCCACCCCUCCCUUUUGUAGCGCAACAAAAUCCAACAAAAGCAGAGCAAUUCAUUUCUGUCAUUUCAUAUUGUGUAUGUGAGAGUUUUAUUGAAAAAUAUUAAGUGAAAAGUGCAUUUAAUAAAUAAAAUUGAUAAUAUAUUGUGCAAGUGAAAUAUCUUCGAUAUUGGUUUAUUAAAAAAAUGUUGGAGAAUCGGGUGUUGCGCUACACUUUUUAUAGUCUGACUACGGGCAUUUCGGUAGUGUUGUUGUCAGAAAUCUUUUAUCGUGGCUUUUUGUACGUGCGCGAACGUUUGUGGCGUCGCGAUGCAUCUGAUGACGAAAUAGCCGAAGUCAUCUGGACGAAUGAGCUGACACAAAGCUGUGCUGGUGGUCACAUAUUAAAAUCAUCAGCAGAACGUAAGAGCCCCACAUACGACAGUCCAUCGAAGGGAAUGGUUGAAAAUGGACAUGUUACGAAAUUACCUACUCCUAAUGUGAGUCCUUCAUGUCAGAAUCGGUAUUGUGCUGCCAAUAAUGUCGGUCGUUUAAUAGCAUUAAUUGAUAAAUCAAAAUAUACCAUUGAUCUAGCAAUGUAUACGUUUACAUCCUAUGAUCUAUCUCAAGCUUUUAUGCGUGCCAUUCGUCGAGGAGUUUCAGUGCGCAUAAUAAGUGACAAAGAAAUGGUAUACUCCAGUGGAUCACAGAUUAUAACGCUAACGAAGGCAGGCGUGGCGGUUCGUUGUCCAAUGACCACAAUGCUCAUGCAUCAUAAAUUUUGCCUGCUAGACGGACCGAAACGUGCGCGUUCGGUUUUGGGCAAUGUCGGCAAAACAGAUGAUUUGCGUAAUGUAAAAGGGGUUCUUAUGUCCGGCUCACUCAAUUGGACCAUGCAGGGUUUUGGUGGCAAUUGGGAGAAUAUUGUAAUCAGUUCUAAUAAAGUGUUGUUGGAACAUUUCGAAGAUGAAUUUCAACGAAUGUGGUUAGCAUUCGCUCCACGUUUGAGUUCGUAAACAUGGAAUGUGCAAGGUUUGUUGAGAACUUACUCAAAUAUUUUUGCAAAGCAUACAUAUGUACUUAAUUAUGAACUUGAUUUAAACAAAGGUAAUUGAAACAAUAUAUUUAACUAUCUACUACUUAAUGUAAACAUAAAUAUACAUUGUUGUAAUCAGUUUGCAAAAACAGCAGCAUUUCCACCAAUUACAAAGCAUACCUCCAAUGUCAAUCAUAAUUGCCAAUUCAUUCUAUAAUUAUUGACUACGUAAUGCAUAUACAUAAGUACUAUGUAUGAAUGUAUGUACGUUAUUUUUUCCCUGUUAACAGUUAUCUAAGAAUUCCUAUGAAUACCUAUGUAUAUAUGUAAGUAGGCCACCGUUAGGUAGAAAGUGCGAAAAUUCUUUGGUCAUAAAACACAUGAAAUAACUUCCUUGUUUGGAUGUUAAGUAAUACAAGCGAAGUAUACCGCCACGAAAGUACAAGUGAUAUGAAAAAUGUAAGGGCGCAUAAAGUUCUGUACAACCGCAUUUUUGUACACCGUGUGUAGGUUUUAAAGGUCGUAAGUAGUAAAAAUUUAGAAAAAGGUUUCUUCAUCGAAUUUCAGCGCAGAAGCACUUUCUUAUAAUUUGCACCCACUGACGUGUUCUUCUUGGCAGAUAAUAAGUGGAGAUCUAUUUCGAGGUUUCCUACUUUUUUAAAGAAAAAACACAGGAACUCCAAAUUGAAUGGGGAAUGUUUAUUAUAGUUCGAAAGAACAUACUUUGAUAUUUAUUUUUUUGAAGAUUAUUUCUUUCAAAUGUUGGCCGCGGCUACGUCUCAGAUGGUUCAUCCCUUGAGUCCAAUUUUCGAUAAUUCGUUCAAGCAUUGCCACUGAUAACUGGCAAAUGACACUCGUGAUGUUUUGCUCAAAAGACUGGUUCGAAGCUAGAUUUUCCGCAUAGACUUUGAGGUUCCCUUUACAUAUCCCCACAGGAAAAAGUCGAAUGGUGUGAUAUCACACGAUCUUGGUGGCCAAUCGGCCGGCCCAAAACGUAAAACUAUCUGCUCGAAGUGUUCUCUCUAUAAAUUGUAUAAUUGUUGCGAUGCUUGGGAAGAGGCGCCGUCUUGUUGAAACCAAAUGUCGUCGAGAUCAGGAUCUUCAAUUUCGGCCAGCAAAUAGGCGGUUAUCUUGACGCGAUAACGGUUGCCAUUGACGGUUACGUUUUCAUCGGCAUAAUUUUUUGAAGAAAUAUGGACCGAUACCUCCACCUGCCCAAAACUACACACAAACCAUUUUUUUUCUGUAUGAAAUAGCAGCUCUUGAAUCUUUUCAGGUUGCUUUUCACCCCAAAUGCGGUAAUUUUGCUUGUUUACAUACCCAUUGAGCCAGAAAUGGUCCUCAUCACUGAACAAAAUUUGACUCGAAAACAUGUUCUUGGAACUUUUUAAGAGCCCAUAGAGCGAAGAAAUAUCGCUUGGGAAGGUCGAGCGGUUUCAGAUCUUGCACAA